UGUGGCGCCACACUAGGUACACACGCGGCUCAAACAAAGAUGGCGGAUGUUUUAGAUUUACAAGAAGGAGGAGAUGAAUUUGAAGUUGAUGAGGAAGGCGAUCAAGGAUUGCAGAAACUGAAAGAAAAAGCCAAGAAACGGAAAGGAAGAGGAUUUGGCUCAGAUGGCCCAACAAGAAGUGGGGUUGAGGAUUUUGAGGCGAUGGAUGUGGAUGAGGAUGGCGGCCCUGGACCUCAGAGGUCUGUGGAAGGGUGGAUCUUAUUUGUGACUGGCGUCCAUGAAGAAGCACAAGAAGAUGACUUACAUGACAAAUUUGCUGACUAUGGUCAGAUCAAAAAUCUACACAUCAACCUGGACAGGCGAACAGGAUUCCUCAAGGGUUACGCACUGAUAGAAUAUGAAACCUUCAAGGAAGCCCAAGGGGCCAUGGAUGCAUUGAAUGGAUCUGACAUUCUGGGUCAGAAAAUCAAUGUUGAUUGGUGUUUUGUGAGAGGGCCACGAAAGAACAAAAAUCGCAGAGACACGCGGAGGAGACGGUGAUCUUUUCAAGGACUUGUGUAAUAACUUCUGAACUUUUAAAAUCCAGUGUGUGAAGGAUGAGGAGGAAACUUUAUACAUUGCUAUUGGACAGACAACCAAUCAUCCCUCUUUGUGCCUAAGAGGUAAAUAACAGUUGAUAGAUUGGAAAAAGUACUGCUGCAGAUUUGCAGUACUGAUGCUCGGAGCUGUCUUGUGACCUAGUUUUGAGAGGACGAAUGAUUCAGGAUGACUGAUCAGUGGACAGGGAGACUUAGCGUUACUAAGAGUAGAAUAUAGUGUUGCAAAAUGACAGUGGAAGAAUCAGUCCUCGGAGGAAAACAUCACAUUUCUGUGUAAGAGAUGUACCUGAUAUGUCAGUUUUAAUGUCCUGUAGAAACUACUCCUGUCACAAUAGUUUCUGUAUAGUGUUUAAAUUUAAUGUGAUCAAACUUUGUUUUUCUUUCCAGUUUUAGAAAAAUUAAGUUGUUUCCUGUGUUAAACACAUUUCAUAUUAGAUAGAUGUUCCUGGGUCUAUGAUGGCAGCUUUUUAACAGUGUGGUUCAAUGGUCCCGAGGUGUUGGAAGUACAACACGGUUUGAUAGGAGUCUGGUAUUUUAAUGGUAUGGAAUCUUUAUCAAUAAUUAAUGUUGUUUACUGUUGUAUUAUGCUCAUAAAACAUUGUCAGGAUCAUAAACUUCAAUAUCAUGUCAUAAAUAAACAUAAGAAACAAAUUGAG